AUGCUUUGGGCUGAGCCUUGGGCCAAUGUCGCCCCGGCGCACCUCCUUGCAGGGCCCCAUGGCCUGGCGAAAGCGAGGCCAGUCUCUUUGCCCUUGGUGCCUCGCGAGACUCUUCGCCCCCGGCGAGUUUGGUCGGGGCACCACACUCGUCCGAGCCGCGUUGGCCGCCGAGUGGUACCAAGUGCAGUGGCAGAUGUAGGCUGGACACGGCUAUGCCAGCAGAAUGGAAAACGCGCACGGAACAUUGCGAAACAUGAUAACGGUGAUUGA